GCAUAGACCAAUCUCGCUAGUACUUACAUGCAGAUUUUGCCCACAGUUGGGCAUAUUCAGGCCUUCAUGGCUUCCUGAUGUUAUUGUCGUCCAUCCUUUUCUGAUUGAUACCUUUGGUUCAGAGACGGCUUGCCAGUUCGCUGGCCGCAUAAGCGUGUAGCGGAUUCUCGUACCGUGUCAUAACACCAUAUAGACUUUGAUGUCAGUGGACCUAUGUCAAGUUGACGCUAUCACACGGAUAAAAUGGCCUCCUACAUGGAUGUUCAGCUGAAGCUUGUCAUGGUCAAAGUGACAGUCAAAUACGAAAGAAUCAAGCGCCUAUGAUCGAUGGUAUGAUCGGCCGCAGUCGCGUGUCGCAGCAGCUCGAGGCUACAGCGGUAACAGCCUCAGCUCGCAGCCACUCCUCUUUACACCCUGACCACCAGCUCGAAACUUGCCUUCUGUCCAUUCUGUGCUCAAAGAACAUAUUAGCCAAUGGCGACCUCCUCGCCCCCAACCGUAGAAUCACAACACGAGCACGACACGCCCCAAUUACCUCCUCGUCCAGAGGAAACACCUACGUUGACUACGGCGCAGACCGCGCCUACAGCAGCUGCUGACACUGAGAUUCAAGAAAUUAAUAAUCUUCCCCCUGAGGUUGCGGCCUUGAAAGACAUUUUUCCUGACUUUGACCCUGUCGUUUUACAGGGAGUACUUGAGACCGUAGACAACAACCAGGAACGCGCAAUAGACAUCCUCCUUUCGAUGUCUGAUCCCUCUUACGUUCCCCCUCACCAGCCUGAAGAGCCGUCUUCCCACCCAAUCAUCGCGGGCGAGAUGGAUACUUCGCAAGAUGAAGCUCUCGCACGUCAACUUGCGUUAGAUGACGAGGAAGACCGACGACGGGGAAGAAGACAAGCAACGGGUCAGAGUUGGCCCAGGAGAGGUGCUGGGGUGCCUGCUGGAGUCGAUGAGACAUUGGGCCUCGAUCAGAGACAGGGCAUAAGAAACGAAGUACCGUAUGAAGUGAGAACGAGCGGCACCGCCCAGCAAGCUCAGUCAGGUUAUGUCACGGGUAGCGAACGUGGGGACUUCCAAGAUUUCCAAGAGACCGUCAGUAGGAUUGCAGAGAGUGGGAAACGUACUUUCUCCUCCGUCAUCGAGAAGAUCAAGGCAAAGAUCAAUGAGUAUGAACAGAGUGGGAGUCCAGGCUCUGGGUAUGCAUCCUUCACAUGUCGUCUUAAGAUGAGUUAUAUUGAUAGAUUGUGUGCUUUAUCUAGGUCAUCUAAUCAACAACAACAGCAAGGACCUCCACCUUCUGGCCAAUCUCGCGUUCCAAACCCGAUAUACGCCAACUCCCCCUCAGCAUCCUCCGCGUCCCCUCCUCCUGUUUCACCUCCAAGCGGAGUCAAUAGGCAUGCUGCUAGUCAGGCGUUUGCUCCAAUGGCGACUCCUACCGCUACCGUCACCGAAUACAAUGCGGAUUGGGAACAUACGACUGCUGGGUGGAAGGGCGAUACUGUCGGUGCCGGUGCAGGGACAGCGGCAGGCGCAAGCGUGAAUGCGAAUCCGGUGAAGGGAUACGAUGUAGGGGGAGAGACUCCCAGCCUAGCGCAACCUUCUCAGCCACGACCCCAAACACCUUCAUCACCGCCUCCCGUAGUGUCGCCUUCCCCUCGAGGGAGUACUGAUAUCCCUCGUCCACCAGCGACGCAAAGUGGUAGUCCUAUUAAUGCUGCGAAACUCGGUCUCCUACCCAAACGUCCCGUUUCUCUCUUACGCUCUCAACCCCCGUCGGAGACCAAACCUGCCAAAGAACAUGACGGAGACGAUGAUGAUGACCUUGAGUAUAUCGAGAACCCUUUCGAGGAGGGUAAAGCGCGAUAAUCUCUGGCAUUUCUUUGUUUUCAAUCUGAUAAUUCGCGUUUGACUGGUAUGAGAUUUCAUUCGUUCGUUCUUCUUCGUGUUUCGUUUCGUUUCUUUCUGCUUGUUAUGGAAAUAGCUGUGGUUGACGAUUCGGAUCCGAUCUCUCUGGGCAAUUUCAAGUUUCUGUGAACUGUUGUACUUUACCGAAUAGGAUUGUUCUCAAGAUCUUUUUGUUGUUAUUGGUAGACAAAGUAUACGUGUUUAUUGUUGUACCUGUAUUGUAAGUUCUCUCCAUAUUGAAAGCGCAAUAUUAGCAAGUACUUGGCACCUUAUAUUUUAGGUAUGAUAGAUUCCAUAUCCGGAGGCAACUGUCCAUAAAUGGUAAACACUUCA